UUUUUUUUUUGUAUUAUCGUGAUGCAACUUACUAUACAACAACAAGUGAUAUUACAUCGAGUGGAAGAAAUGUUCAUGCUUUCCAAACGUCAAUUGACUUCUAUUCAAGAAGGCUUUAUUCAAGAUAUGAAAAAUGGAUUACAACCAUCAGAGAAAAGUGAUAUGAAGAUGAUUCCUUCUUUUGUUACUGGUCAUCCUACUGGAGAAGAAAAAGGCACUUAUCUUGCUCUUGAAAUCAGUGGUAUUGAUAUUUAUGUUUGUCAAGUAGUUUUGAAAGGGGAUAGUGGAAAACUAGCCAUCAAUCAAUAUCAAUACAAGAUUCCGGAUGAUUAUACUACAGGAGACGAUGUCAAUGUAUUGAUUGAUUAUGUAACCGAUUGUGUCGUGGAUUUCUUACAUCGAGUAGAUGCUUCUUUUGAUCAUCAAGUCACUAUGUGUAUUAGUUUGGGAUUUGCUAUACAACAAACUUCUUUGCAUCGUGGUGUCAUUGUUGGAUUGGAACAUGGUUUUGGAUACACAAAUGCUAUCGGUUCUGAUAUCGUCGAUCUUUUUCGGUUUGAAGAACGUGGGUUAGCAGUCAAAGUGGUUGCUGUAGCCAAUGAUACGGUAUGUACUCUACUUGCUCAUGCUUAUCAACAUCCAACAACACGUAUAGGCAUAGUUCAUGGUGCAGGGACCAAUUGCAGCUAUUACGAUCAUGUUGAUAAUAUCCACAAUGCUUUUAUUACCAACCAUACGACGGAUUCUAACGAUAUGAUUGUCAAUACAGAAUGGUGUAGUUUUGGUUCAAAGUACUUACCUCUGAAUGAAUUUGAUAUCAAGGUUGAUGAAGAAUCAAAUAAUCAAGGUAUUCAUCUUUUUGAAAAAUGUUCUACUGGAAUGUAUCUUGGAGAAAUAGUACGACAAAUCAUCCUUUAUCUAUGCGAUCAUCAAGUACUGUCUUUCACCAUAACACGAAAGAAUGAUAAUAUCAACAAGGAUGAUGAUGAUGUAGAAUGUCUUUUAACCUUACCAUAUAAUUUUGAUACAAGUUAUAUGUAUGUUUGUGAAGCGGAUGAAGAUGAUGAUUUGGAAGAUACACGUGUGAUCUUGGAGGAAAUGUGUCAUACUGGGAAAACGUGCAAAGAUGAUCGACUUGUCGUGAAAAAGGUAUGUUUUUGGGUUGGACAACGUGCAGCCACUUUACUUGGAACAAAUAUAGCUGGUGUAGUGACCUACAUGGUGGAACAACAAAUUGUAGAUCCCAAAGAAGAAUUUGCAAUAGGUAAAUCAAACAAACAAAAGAAAAUAUAUACUUGAUGUACAAAUGUUUUUAUUAUAUAUAGCCAUCAGUGGAGAUGUAUAUGAAGAUUAUCCAAAUUUCCAUCCUCGUGUUUGUGGAACUGUCCGAUCGUUGAUCGAUGAACAGGUGGCUUCAAGAUUAUCUGUUGGUAUUGUCAAACACUCUAGAAUUGUGGGUGCUGCCAUUGUCGCCAUGAUGGCUGAGAAGACGGAUCAACAAAGGCUAGACUUUUUAGAUGGAUGAUUUGCUGCAUUAACAACUUUUUUUUUUUUUGAUACCACCUCCUUAUUCUUUUAUAGGAUGAUAUUUUCUCCUUGAUCCUUUUUUGUUUUUUUAUUCGAUUUUUUUUCUACCCGCCUUUUUAUAUGUACCUUAUUUCAAUCACUACCUCAUUUGUUUUAUUACAGUUAUAUUUAUUUAUGCAUUAUACUAUUUAUUACUCUUUUUUUUUUUUUUACACAUGAACAACUCAAUAAAAAAAAUAUACAUUUGAA